AUGGAUUCUAUGAGAUCUUUGAAUACCUCUCUUCCCGGAGGUAAAUCUCCUUCAAAACAACAGAACUGCGACACCCCACAACAGCUUCUCAUCGCACAAUUCAAGGCGGCCGCUUUAUCCGUCACCAAUCUCUACAAGACCGCCGCGGCAGAUCAAGGAAGAGCUAGGGCUGAAGGUUAUCAGGAUGCACUGGAUGAGCUCUUAAGUUUCCUUGACAAAGAAGAUAUUGGAUUGAGUGAUGGCGAGGGUUGGAGGAUUCGAAGGUGGGCGACCGAGAGAUUAGAUGGUCGAGACUCAACAUCACACAACGACAGCGACGACGAUGUUCCAGAGAAAACAGAUCGUGGGUCCUCACCAGUAAUUCAGAGAUCGCAAAGCGCAACUCAUAUUCCAACAUCAACUGUCAAAUCAACAAGAGCUACUUCACCAAUGAGAACAGAGACAGCGCCUCCGCCUCCGACCGUUGUAUUACCCGACCCAGAACCAGAACCCCCAACGAUCACGGAGCUUCCACAGAGCACAUUUACCUUUCGAUCCUCGCAACAAUAUCCACAAGAUCCUGAUAUUCUAUUGUCAGAUUUGGAUUUAUCGGAUAAGAGCCGUUCUCAAACCCACGAUUGUUUCAGUAAUCAGCCAGCGGGUAUUUCCCUCACUCGACCUUCACGAACCAACGCAAGACACAACAAUCAUUCUUCUCGAUUAAAUGCUAGAUCUUCGACUUCCAUAAGCCGGGGCGCUGGUCAAAAGCGGAAAAUAAACUUUGGAGAUUUCUUUGAUCUAGGAAAUCUAGGGCAUGGAGAUGAUUCUCUUGGUGGCGGUGGAAAGAGAGGAAGAUUCGUUUGA